AUGGUUGACGAACAGGCACUUCACAUUUACUUUGAUUCAAAUGAGAAGAGAUGUUUUUUGGAAGAACUAGCAUCAGAGACUAUAGUAGAAGGUCAUUACAGAGCAUUCUUAUAUGAUGAAGAUUCAAAAAAUUGGAAAUCUGAAGAAACUAUGGGAAUUCACGUAAAUGUUGAAGAAUUAUCAACAGGUCAUACUGUCGUAAAUACCCGUGGACCAUCGGAUGGAAGGUUUACAUUCACUUCGCAUGAUGCUGGAGAUCACAAAAUAUGUUUACAUUCUAAUAUCACCGGUGGAUGGCUCACUACACAAGUUAUUAAAAUGUAUUUAGAUAUCAACGUUGGGACUUCUAAAGUUGAUAUUGACUCCGACAUAUCUCACGUAACUACAAUAGUCACAAAACUUCGAGACCUCAAUAAAAAAGUGACAGAUAUCCAAAGAGAACAAAGAUAUAUGAGAGAAGUAGAAGCUGAAUUCCGAGAUUUGAGUGAAGCUACAAAUUCCAGAGCUGUAUGGUGGUCUUUAGUACAGAUUUUGGUUUUGGUAGGAACCGCUAUUUGGCAAAUGAGACAUUUAAGAGUUUAUUUCGAAGAUAAAAAAUUACGAUAA